CGAGCCCAUCCCCUUGUCUUCCGGAAAAGUGAAAAGGGAAAAAAAACACAGACAACUUUUAUCUGCGCUUGCUGCGGGGUUGUGAGAGGUGCUGACAACGUUAUGAAGAUUCAACUGUAUGUCACGUAUGUGUCCCGUUUCAUUUGAAUUUACGUUCCAUGUACACUGGUCUGCGUCACAUGAGUAGACCCACUCAGAGAGAUCUUUAUCCCAAGAAACUUAAGCUUUCACUUUAAAAGCAUCGGCAGACGCGCCUGCAUCGAAGCUCGCUGAGGAAGCGACAAGAUGCGUGAGCGUUGAUGGCAAACUCCGAAGGUAGCCAUGGGAGGAGGUUACCCUUUGGUAGUGGAGCAACAGAUGCAAUAUAGGUGAAGCAAGAGAACUUCCAUGUCUCCAAAACGUACUAGAAUCCACCUCGCCUUCUCCAUCCUCUGAACGCCCGCCGCUCUCCCUCCCGCCGCCAUGAACGCCUCCACCCGCCCCCCCAACGAGACGACCCCCUUGUGCUUCUCCAUCAACAGCCCGCCGUUCAACUACAACACCACCCUCCCCUCCGCCUACUUCUCCGCCACCUUCAGCACCCUGGGCCUAGGCUCCAACCUCAUCGCCUUGGUGGUCCUCCUCAACUCCUUCCAGCGCACCCACAGCCGAUCGCGCUCCUCCUUCCUGAUCUUCCUCUGCGGCCUGGUCGUGACGGACUUCAUGGGCCUGCUGGUGACGGGCGUCAUCGUGGUCACCUUCUACGUCACCCACUUCAACUGGCGCCAGCUGGACCCCCACUGCCACUUCUGCAACUUCAUGGGCAUGUCCAUGGUCUUCUACGGCCUGUGCCCGCUGCUGCUGGGCGCCUCCAUGGCCGUGGAGCGCUUCGUGGGCAUCAACCGGCCCUUCGCCCGCACGGCGAGCAUGUCGAAGAGUCGGGCGGCGUCCAUGGUGAUGAUGGUGUGGGCGUUGGCCGGCUCGGUGGCUCUGCUGCCCCUGUCGGGCGUGGGCAGCUACCACAUGCAGUUCCCGGGCUCCUGGUGCUUCCUGAACAUCAGCUCGGAGGGCAGCGACCUGUUGUUCUCCCUGCUGUUCUCCGCGGUGGGGCUGCUGUCCUUGGGGGUGUCGUUCGUGCUCAACACGAUCAGCGUGGUCACCCUCGUCAAGGUGUGCUGCGGGCAGGACGGCGCCCAGCGCCGGCGCGACUACGAGGUGGAGAUGAUGGUGCAGCUCAUCCUCAUCAUGGUGAUCGCCUCCAUCUGCUGGUGCCCCCUGCUGGUGUUUAUUGCGCAGACUGUGCUGUCGGGAACCCGACUCCAAGUCCGCCUCCUGUUGCUCUGGCUCCGAUUUGCCACCUGGAACCAGAUCCUGGACCCCUGGGUGUACAUCCUGUUCCGCCGAGCCGUUCUCAAGCGCGUAUACCCCCGCAUGGACUGGUCCAGGGGCUCCAUCAUGAGCCUGUACCCCUCCUUCAGUGGCACCCUGCGCAGGCUCACCCGCUCCUCCCUGGGGGGCGCUCAGGAGGGCGAUCCCGGGGGAGGGAAGGGGGAAGACUCUCCCCAGCCUGUAAAGGGUCCGCCCCCCUCUCUGUAAUUGGGUCCAAUCAGGGGGUCUCCAGCCCUGUUCGUGGGAAGCUACCUGCCUGUAUGAUAACGCUCCGAUCACACGUCGCAACAAACCUGAUUCAGCAAAUCAACCAGCCAAUUAUUAGUAUCAGGUGUGCUAGAUGAGUGUCGAAGCGAAAGAAAACACAGGCAGGUACCUCUGCAGGAGCAGGGUUGGAGACCCCUGGUUUAAAUGAUCUGGCCGCACUAGCUUUUGGCAACUGAGGAUGAAUUUUGUCAUGAAGGUCAGUGAAGUAAUUUUGGGGACGGAUAGUAGUAUGUCCCUGUUCAGUUUGAGUCUGUGUAGGCUGUGCUUCUUAAUGAGGGGAGGUCAUUAACUUGGAUUAGACGGUCCCACUGAAAUAAUUGCACUUUUCGGACUGAAAAUCCCUUCUGGUGAAAGCUUCUGCCAUCAUGUAGCAUAUUUGUUCACGUGCCUUCAGUAUUUCGAGCGAUUCAGCUUGUAAUAAUGGAGAACGGAGAGAUGCAUGCCGUGUUUGACUGCAGCAUCUGGCCUAGAUCACGUGUACUUUUUUUCUGCGUUCUUCACUGUCAAACUGAACCCGUCCAGUGUUGGAGCAGUGCAGUUGAGUGUUCCUCAACUGCACUCCCUGGGUGUCUACCCUUCCAAAGACAACAACGUUCUGUGUGGGCUCGAGUCCAUUUGACAUUUAAUUCAUUCAAGAGACGCUUUCAUCCAUAGCGACGUAUUAAUAAUUUUCAGCAAGGGGGUGUUAAGAGCGUCCACUUGUAAGUCCGCCUGCUCUUGUCUGACGCUUUGCAGAUGUUCCAUUUCAAGCCGGAGUUACAGUUUUUGUUCAACUGCUUACACACCAAAUCCUUACUUGCCACACAACACCAGAACCACACAUCAAGACUGCAAAACCAUAUGCACAUUUUUGGCCUUUGACUCAGUUUUCUUUCUUUUACUUUUUGUAAAAUACAACACACAAUUUUCAACGUUACACACAAAAUUCUAACAGGAAGCAUCUUGAUUUCCUUUUUCAAACACAACCAAUCAAAAUGCCACACUAAUUUAUCAGUACCUCACACUAACUCCUCACAUGUGCAAACACUCAUUGCUUUAAUCAACACACCAACCAAUAAUGGCUUUUGAAUAGGCCUGUAAAUAGCCUAAUUUGAGUUGAUGGGUAUAAUUUGAACCUUUACUGUAGAAAUGAUAACAGGUAUGUGACAUACCUGAAAGAACUUGUCCAGACUACUGUAAUGUACACAUGUUCUAAUGUACACAAAAUAGCUGUUCCAGCACAACACACGGUAUACUAUACACAUACAUAUAUUUUAGCACCCAUGCAUCCAUUGACUGCAGUGCACUGCAUGAUUGGUCACAGUCUGGUGGAUUACUCUAUCAUACUGCGCAACAGUACAGUGACUGUAAGAGGACAUUCUGACAAUGUUGUAGAAAAUAGUAUAUAUUACUGUAUGCUACAGUUCAUGACACGAACGCCAUUUCGUAAUCACCUUUUUCAAAAUUUGAUUUGGUUUCUGUCCUACUACAUUCUUUCUUUUGUACUGUGUAAUACUGUAUUCACAACUACAAAUGCUUACAGUCAAAAAAAGUUUGGUUUUAAUCUUGUUUUCGUGUUUACCAUGAAUUCUUCAACAUCUCUGCCUUUACAGAAAUGUACAUCUGAGCUCAGAAGAAAGAAGAGUUUUAGGUUUUGAAUAACUCUGUGUAUAUGAUAUAUCCAAAAAUGUAAUAUUAUGGCAAAGGUGUUUGCAACGUAAGGAAAUGUUUGCUUUUGAAACCUGUUUGUGAUAUUUUAAAUGCAGUGCUUCAUUUUGCAAGAGAUUCAAGGCAUUUCGCAUCUUUUGUGUGCAAUUCUUGGAUUUGUGUGUAAAGUUUUGAAAAAAAGAGGAAAAGUAAAAAAGAAUGUGUGUAAGCGGUUAAAAAACUGUAAUAUCGUGCCUUUUGUACAAAAAUACAAUACUAGGUCCUUAACAAUACAAUGAGAAUACAGAAAUGCAAUGAUACAAUGAAAAUAGACAUGAAGGGUGUUACAUGAUAGAAAAUAAGAGACGCGGUAGAACAGAGGGACCAGUGUAUCAAAGGAGAGAGUAAAAACAUCGAAAGGAGAAUGCUAAGCUAAAGAUAAGUUUUAUAAUGAGGUAUGUCUUUGAAAGGUGUUGACUGACAGUUUAUCAGCUACAGGGAUUAGGACUAAUGGUGGGUCGUGGAAAUCCUCUUUGAUGUUUUGAAGUGGAGGUUUCCUUUGCCUCAACAGGCGCAUUAGUUGACAGGUAACGUUCCCUCUUGCGCUUUAGUAACCCUAUGUCUUAAAGAAGCAAUGUAUGUGACCUUUGACCUUAUCCUCCAUGUCAAUCUGUCUCACCCCAUACAGUAACUCAUGGGCACAUAGGUUCUAAGACAGUAUAUGCAUGUGUUGAAAUACAGAGUGAAAGUUGUGACUGGUAAUAUGACAUUAUCUACAAAAGUUUGGUUCUGUAUAAAUACUAAGGUUGUGUGAUUGUUGUAGGUGUUUUUAGCACACCAGAUAUACUCUUCAGGUUUAUGUACAGUAAAGAUAUCUUACAGGACAGUGUAUUUGAUCAAAUGCAUAAUGAUGUAUGUCCAUAGCAGUAGACUUGGAGAAUUAUGAAAACAGUAUUUAUUUGUAAUGGAGAAUGUAUUGAAACUGCAUGUUGAAUCACCCUGCACAGUUGCAAAGCUUUUUGUUUACUGUGUGUUGGGAUGUGUAUUUGGAGGAUGGACUAUAAUCUGAAUCUACACACUUGUGCUUUAUUGUACUUUAAUAAAUAAAAUCUGCCUUGUU